AUAAAAAACAACCGUCCUAUGUUUCUCUCUCAAUCUCUCUACCUCUUCAACUCUCACCCCUUACUUGAAUCCUUCAGUAAUUCGAGAUCGGCUGGCUUUGAAGUUGCUGUAAUACUGAUAUAGCUUUGAUUUCUCGGUUGCAUGCUGAGGGAUCUAUGUGCUCGUGGGGUUUGACCAAAGUGAAAGUCGAAUGAGUCAAGUAUCUGAGGGUGGUUCGGUUUUUUUUUCGUGGAUAUAUACAAGACUGAAGAGCGAAAAAAAGAGUUAUGAUUCUGUACCUGACAUGGAAUAUUUGUACCUUGUAAUUGACUUGACAGAAGCAAACUAAGCACACACACAAACUCUUUCCAAGGUGGGGCCGAAUCAAUUAACUUCCUGCAAUGUCAUAUGAGUCUGGCUCAGGGAAAGAAGGCAAGGAUAUGAUUACUUAUCAACGGAGGAAAAGACGGAAGAAGGCGGGCCUGUCUGAUCUUCCAAGGAGUGUUCUAGAAUCUUUCAGUGAAGGGGGUGAUUUAUCUGAGGGAAAUUUGCUCCAACUUACAGGAAAGUCAGAUGAUACAAGUGGAAAUGGUGAUAGUGAAGUGCUUAAUGUAGCAUCUACGAAGACGGAUGCAGAUGAACUCUCACAAGUAGCUUCUAGUAGCGGUGCAUGUUGCAAAGAUUUUCCUGUUCAUCUGGGCAUCAAGGAUCAGUGCCUAUCUACACAUUCAACGACAAAAAGUGAUGAUAAUAUGAUAGUAAGCAAUCACCCGGAAGAACCCCAUGAGAAGGCCAAGGAAAUUGUUAGUGUGGUUGAUGGUGAUCCGUUGGCAUCACAUGAUGAUCUCUCGCUGGAUGAUACACAAGCUGUUACCCGUGAAAUCAUUCAUGUUCAAGAUGAUAGAGCUUUUGCUGGCUACAUGAAGAAAAAGCUUCUCGUUCUUGAUUUGAAUGGGUUGCUUGUUGAUAUAUCCUCAUACAUACCUUACAGUUAUGAUCCAGAUAAUAUCAUAAUGAAAAAAGCAGUAUUUAGGAGGCCGCACUGUGCUGAUUUUCUGAACUUCUGCUUUCAAAAGUUCAACGUGGGUUUUUGGACUUCAAGAACCAAAAGAAAUAUGGAGCCACUUCUAGAUUUUCUUUUGGGGUAUAAUAAGACGAGGCUGCUUUUUCAUUGGGAUCAAUCGCAUUGCACUGAUACGGGUUAUUAUACUGCGGAGAAAAAAAACAAGCCUCUUCUCUUGAAGAAACUUAGAAAGUUAUGGGAUAAAUGUGAGCCGGGUCUCCCAUGGGAGAGGGGAGUGUAUAACGAAUCAAAUACGCUUUUAUUAGAUGAUACUCCCUACAAGGCUUUAACGAACCCUAGAUACACUCCAGUCUUUCCCUACUCGUACCGGUUCAGAGAUGUAAGGGACAAUUCAUUAGGAUCGGGAGGUGAUCUCCGUGUUUACUUGGAGGGGUUGGCCGAAGCAGAAAAUGUUCAAGAAUACGUGAAGCAAAACCCAUUCGGCCAGAGGCCCAUAACGGAGAAAAAUCUUUCCUGGGGCUACUAUCGCAAGGUUAUCGCUGCAAACUCCACACCACCCCGAGAAACAGACAUUGGCAGCCAUCAAUCAUGAACAGUAAGUCUUGAUCCCUAAGCCUCAGGCGUAACCACAAUACUGCCCACCAUAGAUUAAUAGUUUAGUUAUCGUAAAGCAUCAGCAUUGGCAUCGGCGAUCUCUCAACUGCUGCUUUUGGUUUCUCGAUUCCCUACUUAAAUUUUUUCUUCUCUAGAGAAGUUAUAUUGUAUGUUUCACGGCUCUAUGAUUAGUAAAUGGAUUUGUAGUUUAAUACAAGUUAGGUAGAUUUUUGUAUGCUGAGUUUUAAACUACUGUGUUUGUGGUGUACGAUGAAAUGUGAUUUUCAAUUGGAA